UUGGUUAUUCAAAGUUACUUGAUGUUGCAGGUGCUGGUGGCAGAUGCUAACAUAUUAAUGCAUCCUUUGGCUGAACCUUGGGCGGAUCUUGUUCAUUUGCUUCAGAAGAAGGGUGCUUACUCAUAUAUAAUUUCUGCCUCGAGUUCAUUUGGAAAGAAUGUGUUACCACGGGCUGCUGCUAUUCUUGAUGUUUCUCCCAUAACUGAUGUCAUUGAAAUAUCUGAGCCCUAUUUGUUUGUCAGGCCUAUUUAUGCUGGAAAUGCUUUAUGUACUGUUCGUUAUACGGGCUUAGAACCUUGUAUGGUGACCAUUCGAUCCACAUCAUUUCCCCCACCAUCUAUACCAACUGCUGUGGAGUCUAGUGCAGGCUGUGCAGCACCUAUCUCCCAGGUUGACCUCUCAACUUUUUACAAAGAAACAGGGGGAAAGUCCCGGUGGUUAAAGCUUACCUCUCAAGAAACUGACCGUCCAGAUCUUGGAAAUGCACGUAUUAUUGUUACAGGGGGACGAGGGUUGAAAAGUGCAGAGAACUUCAAGUUAUUGGAUAAACUUGCUGAAAAGCUUGGCGCAGCAGUUGGAGCCACACGAGCUGCAGUUGAUGCCAACUUCGUACCAAAUGACCUCCAGGUUGGUCAAACUGGAAAAAUUGUUGCUCCUGAACUUUACAUGGCUUUUGGAGUUUCAGGAGCCAUCCAACACUUGGCUGGCAUGAGGGAUUCGAAGGUCAUUGUGGCUGUAAAUAAAGAUCCCGAUGCACCUAUAUUUCAGAUUUGCACUUAUGCUUCAUGCCCUACUAGUAGAAAAUUUGAUGUGGCAAAUGGUUCUCUUGCUAUAGUUAUAGGGUUAGGAGAUAUCUAUGUGACAAACGUCUCCUACCCUUAA